UAUUCAAGUGAAAAUGAUGGCGGACUAGCUAAAAACCUCCCUCCGCCGUUUCGAAAACAAGCAGAAAGCUCAUUUGCGAAGAAAAAUGGAGAUGGGUCUUUUGGUUUUGGUCUUCUCUGCUGCAACACUCUUCAGCUCUUUCUCAUCUGCCCUCACCGAAGAUGGGCUCACAUUGCUGGAAAUCAAGAGUGCGUUGAAUGACACUAAAAACGUUUUAAUAAACUGGCAAGCUACUGAUGAAUAUCCUUGCUCAUGGACCGGCAUUGAUUGUUACCCCAACGAUUUCAGAGUCCGUUCUAUAAACUUGCCUUACAUGCAAUUAGGUGGGAUUAUAUCUCCCAGCAUCGGUAAACUCAGUAGAUUACAGAGACUGGCACUUCACCAAAACAGCUUACAUGGGUUUAUUCCUCAUGAAAUCACCAACUGUACGGAGCUUAGAGCCCUAUACCUGAGGGCGAAUUAUUUGCAAGGUGGCAUACCGUCAGAUAUUGGAAACCUCUCUCUUCUCACUAUAUUGGAUUUAUCAAGCAAUUCUCUUAAGGGUGCUAUACCUUCAUCAGUGAGCCGCCUUAUGCGGUUGCAAUCCUUAAAUUUGUCCACCAACUUUUUAUCUGGUGAAAUUCCAGAUAUUGGGGUCCUUAGCAAAUUUGGCAAAGACUCGUUUAUUGGAAAUUUAGAUCUUUGUGGCCGACAAAUUCAAAAGCCAUGUCGAACUUCAUUGGGUUUCCCUGUGGUUCUCCCCCAUGCUGAAAGCGAAGAAGCCGCAGUCCCUACAAAAAGAUCAUCUCAUUACAUCAAAGGAGUGCUCAUUGGUGCAAUGUCAACCUUGGGUCUUGCAAUUUUUGUGCUUUUUGCAUUUCUCUGGGUUUGGCUCCUAUCAAAGAAAGAAAGAGGUGCUAGGAGAUAUACAGAAGUCAAAAAGCAAGUUGAGCGUGAAACAAGCACGAAACUCAUUACUUUCCAUGGUGAUCUGCCAUACCCAUCAUGUGAGAUCAUAGAAAAGCUGGAGGCUCUAAAUGAGGAGGAUGUUGUUGGUUCAGGAGGAUUUGGUACUGUCUACAGAAUGGUUAUGAAUGAUUGUGGAACAUUUGCUGUUAAAAGGAUUGAUCGGAGCCGUGAAGGAUCUGAUCAAGUGUUUGAGAGAGAGUUAGAGAUAUUAGGCAGCAUCAAACAUAUAAAUUUAGUAAAUCUGAGAGGUUACUGUAGGCUACCGACCUCAAAGCUUCUCAUCUAUGAUUAUAUGGCUAUGGGAAGCUUGGAUGAUUUUCUACAUGAUCAUGUCCAAGAACAGAGGACCUUGAAUUGGAGUGCCCGUUUAAAAAUAGCUCUUGGGUCUGCCAGAGGUCUAGCUUACUUGCAUCAUGACUGUAGUCCAAAAAUAGUUCACAGAGACAUAAAAUCCAGUAACAUUCUGCUUGAUGAAAACUUGGAGCCUCGUGUCGCUGACUUUGGUCUUGCAAAGCUUCUGGUAGACGAGGAUGCCCAUGUUACCACUGUGGUUGCUGGAACUUUCGGCUAUCUUGCUCCUGAGUAUCUGCAAAGUGGGAGAGCCACUGAAAAAUCAGAUGUAUAUAGCUUUGGAGUUCUCCUACUCGAGCUUGUAACUGGAAAAAGACCUACUGAUCCUACAUUUGUAAAGAGAGGCUUAAACGUGGUUGGUUGGAUGAACACUUUACUGAGAGAGAAUCAAGUGGAAGAUGUAGUGGACAAAAGAUUUACCGACAUAGAGGCAGAGACAGUCGAAGCUGUUCUAGAAAUAGCUGUGAAAUGCACUGACGCAAACCCAGAUGAGCGGCCAACAAUGAACCAGGUACUUCAGCUGCUGGAGCAAGAAGUUAUGUCACCUUGUCCUAGUGACUUUUACGAAUCGCAAUCAGAUUAUUGCUAAACCGACAUAAAAGCUUGUUGGUGAGCAUCAGUUAUUUGUUGUGUACUCGCAGUAAUGGUGGUCUUCUGGAAAGCAUAUUUUCCUGCGUGUAAAUUAUUUUACUUACAAAGUUUGAUGUUCCUCAUCCUCUUUUCAGACGAAACUCCGUCCCGCCCUUCUGUAGCAGUGAAUUCUAUUUGCUAAUCAGAUGCAUUAGUAGCUUUCUUCC